CCAAAACAGAAGGGGUCGCUGUCAGGACGGGAUGCUCCUGUUUUCUCGCUGUUGGGGUUGACGCUUAUGGCGGAACGCCGGCUGUGAAACAUAGAGGAGCAGGCGCUGGAACCGGGUAGAUCUGCCGGCUGUGUGAACUCCGAUCGAAGGCUUUGGCGCAGUGCAUUUUCGAGAGGCCAGCGGCUUUAGUGGGGCCGCGGUUCUGGUCACAAGUCACUGGAACCGUGCGUUUAGGUAGCCCCUUAGGUAGCUAACUAGCUUAGCCAUUUUCUUUAUUGCUAUUGAUCCGGCCACCAGCGGGAUUAUUGAAAGCUACAGAAAUGUCAGACAACAACACCGGAGAUCAGCCAGCAGAGAUGAAGCAGGACAAUUCCUCAUCAGCGAUCACAGACCAAGAAAAGGAACUGGCAGUGAGCGCUUUCCAAGCAUUUACGGCAGGAAAUUAUGACGAGUCGCUGAAACACCUCGGAAACCUGCAAGAACUAAACAAAGAGGACUACAAAAUUUCAAUGAACAAAUCCAUUGCCGAGUUUUACAAAAGCGGGCAGACCACGACAGACACCUUGAAACAGGCCCUCACGGCGAUGAAACACCAGGUCCACGCUGCCGUCGAUGAGAUGGAUGGUCUGGAUGACGUGGAUAACAGCAUUCUCUACUACAACCAGGCGAUCGUACUGUAUCACACGCGACAGUAUAUAGAGGCAAUAUCCAUAGGAGAGAAGCUCUACCAGUUCAUAGAGCCUUUUGAUGAGAAGUUUGCCCAAGCUGUCUGCUUCCUGCUGGUGGACCUGUAUCUUCUCACGUUCCAGCCUGAAAAGGCUCUCCAUCUCUUAGCGAUGCUGGAGAAACUGUCCGUUCAGGGAAACAACAAAAACGGCAAAUCUGAGGCUGGCAGCAACUCAAAUAAAGACGGUGGCAGUCAGAAGACAGAGUACAUCGCUAUGGUAGAGGCAGCCAAGUCUAAAAUUCACCAGUAUAAAGUACGGGCCUACAUUCAAAUGAAGUCUCUGAAGGCGUGCAAACGGGAGAUCAAGUCGGUGAUGAACACGGCUGGAAACUCUGCCCCCUCUCUCUUCCUCAAGAGCAACUUCGAGUACCUGAGGGGAAAUUACCGGAAGGCUGUGAAGCUCUUAAAUAGCUCCAACAUCACCGAGCAUCCGGGACCAAUGAAGACGGGUGAAUGUGUACGCUGUAUGUUUUGGAACAAUCUUGGCUGCAUUCAUUUCGCGAUGGGCAAACACAACCUGGGCAUUUUUUACUUCAAGAAGGCCCUGCAGGAAAACGACAACAUGUGCUUACAGAUCGGCAGUCGUGACGGCACCAACGGGCAGAAUAAGAGGUUCUCCGGAGUUCCCAUGUGUGCCCUGUUAGCCAACAAGCGCUACGAGCUUCUGUACAACUGCGGGAUUCAGCUACUGCACAUAGGGCGCCCCCUAGCGGCGUUUGAGUGCCUCAUGGAAUCGGUGCAGAUUUACCACUCAAACCCUCGACUGUGGCUCCGACUUGCAGAGUGCUGCAUUGCGGCAAACAAGGGGAACUCCGAUCAGGAGACCAAGGGGCUUCCCAGCAAGAAGGGCAUUGUCCAGUCAGUCGUAGGCCAAGGAUACCAUCGCAAGAUCAUCCUGGCAUCACAGUCUGGCCAGAAUACGGUCUACAGCGACGGCCAAACUGCAGCCAUUCCCGUGGCCAGUAUGGAGUUUGCCGCCAUCUGCCUGAGGAAUGCUCUCCUCCUCCUGCCCGAGCACCAGCAGCCGGAUGGCAAGGCGGAGAACGGCUCAAAGAGCUCCAGCCAGUCCGGCAGCAUGGAAAGCGGCAGCGAGAACAGCGACAUGUGCAGUAGUAAAGGCCAAGAAGGAGACAAGUUUGUCCCAGCGCCUCCAUCUUCUCCUCUAAAGAAGCAGGAAUUGGAGAACUUGAGGUGCUCCAUCCUGGCCUGCAGUGCGUACGUCGCCUUGGCUCUGGGGGACAACGUCAUCUCCCUCAGUCACGCUGAGAAGUUGCUGCAGCAGCCCAAGCUCUCCGGUUCCCUCAAGUUUUUGGGCCACCUGUACGCAGCAGAGGCCCUGAUCUCCAUGGACCGCAUCUCGGACGCCAUCACCCACCUGAACCCUGAAAACGUCAGCGAUGUGUUUUUGGGGGUCUCGUCCAGCGAGCAGGACCAAGGCUCAGACCGGGGCGAUGUGGAGCAGCUGGAGUCCUCGGGGAAGCAGACCCCCCUCUGUUACCCCAGCACAGUGAACUCCGCCAGGGCCAUGAUGCUCUUCAACCUGGGUAGUGCCUACUGCCUGCGGAGUGAAUAUGACAAGGCCCGCAGAUGCCUUCACCAGGCUGCUUCUAUGGUCCAGACCAAAGAGAUUCCUCCAGAAGCCAUCCUGCUGGCAGUCUACCUGGAGCUGCAGAACGGGAACACGGAGCUGGCUCUGCAGAUCAUCAGGAGGAACCAGCUGCUGCCUCCGGGCAAGGCCACCCCUGGGGGGGAGGCCCGCAAAAGGCCGGGUGGCCCCUUCCAGCCAGUGCAGCCCAUCCAGAUUCCCCCCUCCUUCACAGCAGUGCAGCGAAAAUGAUUUGGAGUUGUGGGGGGGGGGGCACAGUGCAGCAGCCAGAGACACGGUCUCUGUCACUGCAGUUCCAGUUUGAAGUAUUUAUGAAUAAUGUGGGGGGGUCGUACAGAAAUGUUUUAUUUUGUAUUUGAGAGGAUGAGGCUCUCUUGGGAAAUACUGAGAUGCUUUGACAAGUUGAAUUAAAAAAAAAAAAAGUUUUGUUUAAA